AUGCAGGGAAUUGUGGAUCCGGCUACGCAGAAGGGCAUCAUACCCAGAGCCUUCGAGCACAUUUUCGAGAGCGUGCAGUGUGCUGAAAAUGCCAAGUUCUUGGUGAGAGCCUCUUACUUGGAGAUUUACAAUGAAGACGUACGAGACCUUCUAGGAGCUGACACCAAGCAGAAGCUGGAGCUGAAGGAGCACCCCGAGAAGGGGGUGUACGUGAAGGGCCUGUCCCUGCACACGGUGCACAGCGUGGGCCAGUGCGAGCAGAUCAUGGAGACGGGCUGGAGGAACCGCGCCGUGGGCUACACCCUCAUGAACAAGGACUCGUCCCGCUCCCACUCCAUCUUCACCAUCAACAUGGAAAUCUGCACUGUAGAUGAGAGAGGGCAGGAUCACCUUAGGGCUGCCAAACUCAACUUAGUGGACCUGGCGGGCAGCGAGAGGCAGUCAAAAACCGGAGCCACGGGGGAACGGCUCAAGGAGGCCACCAAAAUCAACCUGUCGCUCUCGGCUCUGGGCAACGUCAUCUCAGCCCUGGUCGAUGGCCGGUGUAAACACAUCCCCUACCGAGACUCCAAGCUGACGAGGCUGCUGCAGGACUCCCUCGGAGGGAACACCAAGACCCUCAUGGUCGCCUGCUUGUCCCCGGCCGACAGCAACUAUGACGAGACCCUGAGCACGUUGCGCUACGCGAAUCGAGCGAAGAACAUCAAGAACAAGCCCUGCAUCAAUGAGGACCCCAAGGAUACUCUGCUGAGAGAGUAUCAGGAGGAGAUUAAGAAGCUGAAGGCUAUUUUAGCUGAGCAGAUGAGCACGAAUACCUUGGCAGGGCUUUUACCUGCUGAGACUGCUCCCCUGGAAAUGAAGCCAGCUCCUCUUCUUGAAUCCCAGUCAGAUGUUGAAGCAGAGAAAGAGCUGAUCAGACAAGAGUACGAGCUGAGGCUGGCCCUGCUCAAGGCGGAUUUUGAGGCCGAGCAGGAAUCCCGUGCCCGCCUCGAGGAGGACAUCAGUAGCUUGAAGAACUCCUACGAUCGCAAGCUGUCCGCUCUGGAGGAGAGCCUCAGGAAGGAAGCAGAAGCUGUCACGAGAACUGAAGCUGCUCCCAAUGAGACACCUUUGCCUGAAGACUCUGUUGUUGAAGCAGAUGAAGAACCAACGUCAGCCAAGGACCCCGCAGAGCCUCAGGCAGCUCAAGGCACUGGCAGUGUGACCAGGGAGAGCAGCAGAGCAGAGGUGGCUGUCACUGCUGAGAGGAUUUCAGUGCCUGUAGACCAGCAGCAGGUGCUUGCCAGGCUGCAGAUGCUGGAACAGCAGGUAGUAGGGGGAGAACAGGCUAAAAACAAGGACCUCAAAGAAAAGCAUAAACGGCGAAAGAAGCACGCAGCCGAGCGGAGGAUGCAGCUGGUGGCCGCGCUGCACAACUCCAGCGAGGACAGCAGCGACUGGGUCCUGCUCAACGUCUACGACUCCAUCCAGGAAGAGGUGCGAGCCAAGAGCAAACUUCUGGAGAAGAUGCAGAGAAAGCUGCGGGCUGCCGAGACGGAGAUCAGAGAUUUGCAGUCGGAGUUUGAGCUGGAAAAGAUCGAUUACCUGGGCACCAUCCGGCGGCUGGAGCGCGACUCCAUGCUCCUCCAACAGCUGCUGGAUCGGGUGCAGGCCCUCGUCCGGCGCGACUGCAACUACAGCAACCUGGAGAAGAUCAAGCGCGAGUGCGUCUGGGAUGAGGAGGCUGCCUGCUGGAGAAUUCCAGACCUUGUCCUUCAGAAAACCAGCCUUCCUGCAGCAGUUUCUUCGCUGCCACAGGCGAAACCUGCCAAAAAGAGCCCUUCAGCUGAGAGUGGAGAACUAGCAAUGCAAGAGGAAGACCGCUACAAGCUGAUGUUGAGCAGGAGUGACAGUGAGAACAUCGCCAGCAACUACUUCCGACCCAAGCGAGCCAGUCAGAUUGUUAACACCGACCCCACGAAGAGCAGAGGUAAAAGGGGCUCUGGGGUCUUUUGCCCAAUAUAUUGUUGCUGUUCAUCUUAA